AUGGAGACCGACGUGGAGUUGCAUCGGCGAAUUGUUGCCGCCGCCUCGCGACUCGCCACCGACAAGAACACGAACAAAUCGGUGAGGAAGAAGCGGCAGAAGGAUCUUCAAGCGGCUAGGCAGAAGCUGAAUCGUCUCGAGCAGGGAUUGCAACAGAUGAGAUAUUCGGCGAGCAAGCCCGACAUCAGCAGUAUUGCGAGUGACGCGAGCUCUAAUUCGUGGUCGGCGAACGCGAAUGGCGGACCGAUGACGAUAGCGAUGACGAAGAGCUGUCCGACGACGCCGCGAGGAUCGAUACCGGAUUUGUCGAGGAGUUUGAGGAGCCGCGAGCAGGAGGACGAGGAGAAUGAGAAUGAGGAGAGAAGCGAACGAAUCGCGCGACGCGCGCCGAGCGCCCUCUCGCGUCAUUCGCUUCAACAACGCUAUUCGGGCAUCUCGUCGUCGUCGACGACGUCGUCGGGAUGCGAUUCGCUGAGCGCUUCGGGACUACCGCCGCGGCCGAUGUCGCGCAAAGCGGCGGCGACACAAUGCGGCGACGAUCAUCACCUUCUCGACAAUCCGCUGAUGUGCGACGCAUCCACGACGAAUCCGCUGUUAGUCGUUCGGCGAAAUUCGCUGAUUUUCGACUAUGAAAAUGUUGGCUACCGGUCGACGUCGUAUAGAAGCAGCUAUCGGCAAGCGCAUUACCCGACCAUUCAGGACGAGCAUGUUCAGCGGAAGCGCGCGCAAUCGGCGCACACGAUAAGCACUGAUAACGGCGCGAUUGGGCGGACGUCGACGUACUCGAUUCCGUUGAACGACGCGGCGCAAAAGUUCGCCGAGUACGAUGAGGUCGAUGAUUGUACGCCGACGAGCGAUUGCCAUUCGUAUUAUCAUGGCAAUCCGAAUGUGCGGCGACUGACGUCGUCGAUAUCGUGUCAGGCGGGAUUCGCGACGGCGAGCUUGGAUCGACGGUACGCGAAACAGCAGCAGCAGCAGCAACAGCAGAAUGGCAACAGAAUGCCGAUGAAUAAUGCAUCGGAUGACAUGUGUCGUCAGAAUGUGACGACAAGAAUCACCACGUUUCCUGUUGCGCCGCCGCAUACCACGUUGUUGAUGUCAGGAAAACCGUACUCGGCAUCGGAAUUGUCGAAUCGCAAUGGAAUUUUGGCGUCAUCGCAUCAAGCGAGUCGAACGAAUCAUCAGACGGCGCGCGGCUCGCUUCCGACGUACACGAACGCGACGGCGAAGAUGGGAAUCAGCACGAAUCCGCAAAUGGAAGCCCUCCUUUCUUACUAUAAACAGCAGCAACAGCAGCAGAAGCAGUCGAAACCGCCGAAAACGGCGACGAUUGUUUAA